GGUCACCAUGGGGCAUUGGUGGUGCUGGCUACUGGCGACCUUGCUAUGGGUAUCCACGAUAACAACACCAUGCCUUGGCCAGAGUGGUGACAGUGCCGACUGGGGCUCGGGCUUCGAUAUCUCCAUGACGACCCUCGGCACCAACAACAACACGUCCUCCUCCCAGGAGCCCGGAGAUUACCCUGCGGGGUCAGAAACAGAGACAGGAGAAUCGUGGGUAAAAACACCACCACCAACAUCACCUCCACCACCACCUAAGCCAGUGCUCCACUAUGAGCCGGAGCCAGACCAGUGCUCCGUCCACUUCAGGUGUGAUACUAUUUAAAUCUCAAUGUCUGUUGUUUACUGUUUGUUUCGUGUUGUGUGUUUCUAUGUGGUUUGUGUACGCUAUGUAAUGUGUGAGCUGUGAAAAAAUAAUUUCCUCUUGUAGGACAAUACAUGCCAAUCAGUCAAUCAAUCAUCAAUCAAUCAAAUCAAUCAAUCAAUCGCUUCAGCACCAGUCAGGCCUCCGCCAGACGCCUCAAGGCCCAGAGAGAGGAGCUGGCCUAUCUAAAGGCUAUACAGCAUGGGAACCAGGCGGUGGUGGAGAACCUAGUCCAGUACGUCGGAGCAGAGCUGGGGGAGGAGCAGCGCUACGAGGACGUCAUCGAGGAAAACAUAGUGGGCAUUAGGUUGGUGACUAUCCUUUACGUCAGCGGACGCUAUUAUCCAGUACAACUUACUGUCAGUGUAUUCAAAUAAGUUAGGUUAAAACAACCACAUAUCAUUGCAAGUAAAACCUACAAAAUAGCCAUAAUCUGCUAAAUGAGUCCUUUGGAGUGUGGUUCAUUUAGAUUUUUAUAGAUUUAACAAACGAGGACAGAAUCAUAAUUGAAUUGAGGUGAGUGAAUAUUGUGUGCUAUGCCAUCAGGGAGGAGCAGCAGACCUGUGAUGGUGUAUUAUAUCAUUAUGUUGUGUAUUAUGUCAUUAUGUUGUGUAUUAUACCAUUAUGUUGUGUAUUAUGUCAUUAUGUUGUGUAUUAUGUCAUUAUGUUGUGUAUUAUGUCAUUAUGUUGUGUAUUAUGUCAUCAGGGAGGAGCAGCAGAGCUGUGAUGGUGUAUUAUACCAUUAUGUUGUGUAUAAUGUCAUUAUGUUGUGUAUUAUCUCAUUAUGUUGUGUAUUAUGUCAUUAUGUUGUGUAUUAUGUCAUUAUGUUGUGUAUUAUGUCAUCAGGGAGGAGCAGCAGAGCUGUGAUGGUGUAUUAUGUCAUUAUGUUGUGUAUUAUGUCAUUAUGUUGUGUAUUAUCUCAUUAUGUUGUGUAUUAUGUCAUUAUGUUGUGUAUUAUGUCAUUAUGUUGUGUAUUAUGUCAUCAGGGAGGAGCAGCAGAGCUGUGAUGGUGUAUUAUGUCAUUAUGUUGUGUAUUAUGUCAUUAUGUUGUGUAUUAUCUCAUUAUGCUGUGUAUUAUGUCAUUAUGUUGUGUAUUAUGUCAUUAUGUUGUGUAUUAUGUCAUCAGGGAGGAGCAGCAGAGCUGUGAUGGUGUAUUAUGUCAUUAUGUUGUGUAUUAUGUCAUUAUGUUGUGUAUUAUCUCAUUAUGUUGUGUAUUAUGUCAUUAUGUUGUGUAUUAUGUCAUUAUGUUGUGUAUUAUGUCAUCAGGGAGGAGCAGCAGAGCUGUGAUGGUGUAUUAUGUCAUUAUGUUGUAUAUUAUGUCUUUAUGUCCCCGUGUAGCUCAGUUGGUAGAGCUUGGCGCCAGGGUUGUGGGUUCGAUUCCCACGGGGGGCCAGUAUGAAAAAAUGUAUGCACUCACUAACUGUAAGUCGCUCUGGAUAAGAGCGUCUGCUAAAAUGACUAAAAUGUAAAAAUGAUGUUAUUAUGUCAUCAGGGAGGAGCAGCAGAGUUGUAACGGUGUGGUCCAGAAGGUGGUGGAGGAUCUGGAUGGACAGCUGGAAGGAGAUGUACUGGAGGCUCUGGCUGGGAUACUGAAGUAAGUACAUGGAUGAAACCAGUUAGUUAUUCAUCUCAAUCUGUCACAGUCUAUUAAUAUAAUAAAUCCAUUAAUUUGAAGUUUGUCUGAGACUUAAACACCCAAAAGAGCAAGCGUGGGGCAACAAGGGCAAGGAAAAACUCCCUUGAGGUCUGGAUAAAACCUUGACACAGCCAUCCUCCUCUGGGCUGCCACUGAGGAGACCUUGCCAUAGACUGGACAGGCAGUCAGAGAGGAACAGAGACACAUCCACAUACUGUAUGAGUGUAAUCUAAUCUACUGAGAGACAGGAACUCCUCCCGGCUCAUUGAUUAGUUUAUACAGAGCUCUAUUAACAGUCACCUUAGCAACCACUGUUUUUCCCAGUCCAUUAACGGUCACCUUAUUGACUCAGACUCUCUGUUCUUCCCAGACAUCCACAACCCUACUGUGUCCUCAUCAGAACCAAGAUGUGGCCUGGGUCUGAUGGACGUAUUUACCGUAAUAACCCUAAUCAAGGCCUCUCUGGGGUUUAAUUACUGUAAUAAACCUAGUGUCCUCAUCAGAACCCAUUGUCUUACGUCAAACAGUGUGACAUUCAUCUGCAACUAUGUACAGCACCUUUUCCCUUUUUACCAUGUGUUUUCCAAACUUUCUCUAUGUUUCCUCCCUCCUACCCUUCUUCUCUCCCUCCUACUCUUCUCCUCUCCCUCCUAUUCUUCUUCUCUCCUCCACCUCCUACUCUUCUUCUCUCCUUCCUACUCUUCUUCCCUCCCUCCUACCUCUUCUCUCCCUCCUACUCUUCUUCUCUCUCCCCUACUCUUCUUCUCUCCCUCCUACUCUUCUUCUCUCCCUCCUACUCUUCUCCUCUCCCUCCUACUCUCCUACUCUUCUUCUCCCUCCCUCCUACUCUUCUCCUUCUCUCUCCCUACUCUCUUCUCUCCUCCUCCACUCUUCUCCUACCUCUCUCCCCCUACAUCCUUUCCUCUCCUCCCUCCUAUCUCUUCUCCUCCCUCCUACUCUUCCUCUCCUCUCCCUCUCCCUACUCUCUUACUCUCCCUCCACCCUCUCUUCUCUCUCCCUCCUACUCUUCUUCUCUGUCUCUCUCCCUCCUACUCUUCUUCUUUCUCCCCCCUACUCUUCUUCUCUCCCUCCCUACUUCUUCUCUCCUCUCUCCCUCUACUCUCUUCUCUCCUCCUACUCUCCUCCACUCUUUUCUCUCUACUCUCUCUCCUCCACUCUCUUCUUCCUCCCUCCUAUUCUCUCCUCCACUCUUCUUCUCUCCCUCCUACCUUCCCUCCUACUCUUCUUCUCUCCCUCCUACUCUUCUUCUCUCCAUCCUACUCUUCUUCUCUCCCUCUUGCUGACACUGUGUUUGUCUUGUCUCCCUGCAUGACAGAAUCAAAGAGGAGUCCCUGGCUAACCUCUCCUCCGUUCAUACCUCCUCCCUCUUUUACUUCCCUCCCUCCCUCACUCCAUCCUCCCCUCUCUCCCUGCUAACCCUGUUUGUCUUGUCUCCUUUCAUGACAGAAUCAAAGAGGAAUCCCUGGCGUUCGAGGGCCUCCUCCAGGCAACAGCAGACAUCGCCAUGAGGCUGGAUAGCUUGUCUCAGACCCUCCACGCCUCCUUCACCAAACAGCUCAAAGACUCUCAAAACUUGACAUCGCUAAAGAGACUUACUACCAUCCAUCGC